GGGGCUAGACUCCUGGUCUGAGGGAGGAAGGGGCUGGCUGUCAGGACUCCUGGGUCCUGGGGAAGGAUGAGGAGGCAGGGGCCCCGACAUCUGGGUACCAAGAGAGGAGGGAGCCAGAAAGUUGAGAGUUGUCAUGUGGGAGAGAGAAGAGGGGUGGUCAGGGUCUGGAGGAGGAUUUUCAGAUGGAAAGUCAUAACCAAGGACUUCCUUCCCACCCACGCCCUGCCUGUUGGGGAAUUCCAGAUCAAGUGGUAGAGAAGAAGAGAGAGAAGGAAGGAAAGUGGAGGGGAGAAGGUCCGCCAGUGCCCCCCACACUCAGGAGCCUAAAGCCAGAAACUGCCCCCAGAGAGGAAGGAGACAGACCUGAGGGCCUGGAUUCUUGCGUUCUGAGGAGAGCCCAGGAUGUGGGGCUACCUGUCCCUUCUGCCUGCCUUCCUGGCCCUCUGGGCUGUCGCUGGCAUCUGGACCGUUUUCGCGCUGGCAGUAGCUAACAAAUCUGUGAACCUCAACGAAGGCUUCCCCUACAUCAGUUUCUGUGGAUCUUACCCGCCUCAGAGCUGCAUCUUCAGCCAGCUGCUCAAUAUGGGGGCUGCACUGGCCGCCUGGAUCUGCAUUCUCCGUUACCACCAGCUCCGGGACUGGGGAGUCACAAGGAGGUUUAAUCAGCUGAUCCUGUGGACGGGGCUCCUCUGUGCCUUCGGCACUUCGGUGGUCGGCAAUUUCCAGGAAAAGAAUCAGCAGCCCACCCAUCUCACAGGUGCCUUCCUCGCCUUCUUCGUGGGCAUUCUCUAUUUCUGGCUGCAGCUGCUCCUUUACUGGUGGAAGAAGAAUCUGCCCCAGCCUGGGUCCCCCUGGAUUGGGCCGCUCCGCCUGGGCCUCUGCACCAUCUGCACCAUCCUCAUGGUAGCCAUGGUCGUCCUCCAUUCCUGGGUGCCACUGCGUUCUGCCUCUGCGUCCUGCGAAUGGGCCGUGGCCAUGCUGCUGUUCACUCUCUUUGGCCUCUUAUCUGUUGACUUCUCCUGCUUGGACAGCUGCACCCUGUGUCUUCAGGCGGCCCCUGGCCUCAGCCCUCCACCGCCGCUGGCCUCCACCAGCCCUGUGCAGAUCCAGCUGUCCCAGGGGCUGUGACUGGGGCCUUUACCAGCAACCGAGGAAGAAAAGAAAGAGGAGCCCAAUCCCAGGUCUUCCCUAUGAGCCAAUGGGGAAGCUGUCCAUCUGGCUGGGGAGAGGGAGACUGUUGCUGACCAUUACCUGUUCCCGGCCCUGGAGCUGAAUGGAUGUGUGUGGGGCUGUGGACAACCGGUUACAGAGGCUAAGACUUAGCAUGGCCCUCUUACU